AUGCCCAAACUGCGAGUGAGCUUAGUAGCGGAUUAUACCUUGUCCUUCAGGCACCUCGCUAUUGGCUUCUUCGCGCACACGUUUCUUGUAGCGCAGAAAUCGUUCUUCUUUGACCACGCCGGAUUACUGUAUUCGACUCAGUCACCGUCUUGGGUACCGGUGUGUCGAUCUGACAGAGAAUGGGAGCGUGCGUUGGUGGGUGCAAUACCGCGCAAUAUAGACAUCACCCCGUUUGAUGCCAUAGCAACAGUCGAUUGCAUGGUCUAUCUAGAUGAACGGUCCAUGGUCACUCUCAAGGAGAUGGUUGUGGCAUAUGACUACCAGCCUGCGUACAGUUCACCAUUCGUUGUUGAUUCUGCCACUGGAGCUCUGCUGAUGAAUCUCACACAUCUGUUCAUGUUCGAACACGAGCCCAAGGUGCUGCCAACUCAAGGGAGCUUGCACUUCUACGAAGUCGUCACAACGGCGACGCUAGAGCCAAUUCCACGGUUGUGUCUUUUUGCGUCGACGCAAUUGCAGAUCGGAAAACAUCAUUCAUCCGUCGGCUUCAGCCAAAGCGAUUGGCCCACACUCCGCAACCUGUGUACCCUAAGACUCUCCGAAGCCCAAACCAACGUUCAAUCUACCAUCAACAAUAUCCUGAAACUCCUCGUCGAUUGA